CCGCGCACGCCGGCCGCCAUCGCCUUCGCGCCUGGCUGGCGGGGGCGCUGUCCUCCCCUGCCGUCCGUGCCGCUCCCUGGAGCUCGGCGGAGCGCGGCAGCCAGUGCCGGCUGAGGCGCGAGGAGCCGGACGCCGCCGCCGCCGCCGCCGUCGCCGCGGGGGCCAUGACCGUGGAGCAGAAUGUGCUGCAGCAGAGCGCGGCGCAGAAGCACCAGCAGACGUUUUUGAAUCAGCUGAGAGAAAUUACUGGGAUUAAUGACACCCAGAUACUACAGCAAGCUUUGAAGGAUAGUAAUGGAAACUUGGAGUUAGCAGUGGCUUUCCUUACUGCGAAGAAUGCUAAGACUCCUCAGCAGGAGGAGACAACUUACUACCAAACAGCGCUUCCUGGCAAUGACAGAUACAUCAGUGUGGGAAGCCAAGCAGACACAAAUGUGAUUGAUCUCACUGGAGAUGAUAAAGAUGAUCUUCAGAGAGCAAUUGCCUUGAGUUUGGCGGAAUCAAACAGGGCAUUCAGGGAGACUGGAAUAACUGAUGAGGAACAAGCCAUUAGCAGAGUUCUUGAAGCCAGCAUAGCAGAAAAUAAAGCAUGUUUGAAGAGGACACCUACAGAAGUUUGGAGGGAUUCUCGAAACCCUUAUGAUAGAAAAAGGCAGGACAAAGCUCCUGUUGGGCUAAAGAACGUUGGAAAUACUUGCUGGUUCAGUGCUGUUAUUCAGUCAUUGUUCAAUCUUCUGGAAUUUAGAAGAUUAGUUCUGAAUUACAAGCCUCCAUCAAAUGCUCAAGAUUUACCCCGAAACCAAAAGGAACAUCGGAAUUUGCCUUUUAUGCGUGAGUUGAGGUACCUGUUUGCACUUCUUGUUGGUACCAAAAGGAAGUAUGUUGAUCCAUCAAGAGCAGUUGAAAUUCUUAAGGAUGCUUUCAAAUCAAAUGACUCACAACAGCAAGAUGUGAGUGAGUUUACACACAAAUUAUUAGAUUGGUUAGAAGAUGCCUUCCAAAUGAAAGCUGAAGAGGAGACAGAUGAAGAGAAGCCAAAGAACCCCAUGGUAGAGUUGUUCUAUGGAAGAUUCCUAGCUGUGGGAGUACUCGAAGGUAAAAAGUUUGAAAACACUGAAAUGUUUGGUCAGUACCCACUUCAGGUCAAUGGGUUCAAAGAUCUGCAUGAGUGCCUAGAAGCUGCAAUGAUCGAAGGAGAAAUUGAAUCUUUACAUUCAGAGAAUUCAGGAAAAUCAGGUCAAGAGCAUUGGUUUACUGAAUUACCACCUGUCUUAACAUUUGAAUUGUCAAGAUUUGAAUUUAAUCAGGCAUUGGGAAGACCAGAAAAAAUUCACAACAAGUUGGAAUUUCCCCAAGUUUUAUAUUUAGACAGAUACAUGCACAGAAACAGAGAAAUAACAAGAAUUAAGAGGGAAGAGAUCAAGAGACUCAAAGAUUACCUCACAGUAUUACAACAAAGACUAGAACGGUAUUUAAGCUAUGGUUCGGGUCCCAAACGGUUCCCCUUGGUAGAUGUUCUGCAGUAUGCCUUGGAGUUUGCCUCAAGUAAACCUGUUUGCACGUCUCCUGUUGAUGAUAUUGAUGCCAGUUCCCCUCCUACUAGCUCUGUACCAUCACAGACAUUACCAAGCACAGCAGAACAACAGGGAACUCCUUCAGAACUGCCAAGCACAUCACCUGCAUCAGUUGCUGCCAUUUCAUCAAGAUCCGUAAUACACAAACCAUUCACUCAGUCCCGAAUACCUCCAGAUUUGCCCAUGCAUCCAGCACCAAGGCACAUAACAGAAGAAGAACUUUCUGUGCUAGAAAGCUGUUUACAUCGCUGGAGGACAGAAAUAGAAAAUGACACCAGAGAUUUGCAGGAAAGCAUAUCCAGAAUUCAUCGAACAAUUGAGCUAAUGUACUCUGACAAAUCUAUGAUCCAAGUUCCUUAUCGCUUACAUGCUGUUUUAGUUCAUGAAGGCCAAGCUAAUGCUGGACACUACUGGGCAUACAUUUUUGAUCAUCAUGAAAGCAGGUGGAUGAAGUACAAUGAUAUUGCUGUGACAAAAUCAUCCUGGGAAGAGCUAGUGAGGGAUUCUUUUGGUGGUUAUAGAAAUGCCAGUGCCUACUGUUUAAUGUAUAUAAAUGAUAAGGCACAAUUCUUAAUACAAGAGGAGUUUAAUAAAGAAACUGGACAGGCUCUUGUUGGAAUAGAAACUUUACCACCGGAUUUGAGAGAUUUUGUUGAGGAAGACAACCAGCGAUUUGAAAAAGAACUAGAAGAAUGGGAUGCACAACUUGCCCAGAAAGCGUUGCAGGAAAAGCUUUUAGCAUCUCAGAAAUUGAGGGAGUCAGAGUCUUCUGUGACAACAGCACAAGCAGGAGAACCAGAAUAUCUAGAGCAGCCAUCAAGAAGUGAUUUCUCAAAGCACUUGAAAGAAGAAACUAUUCGAGUAAUUACCAAGGCAUCACAUGAGCAUGAAGAUAAAAGUCCUGAAACAGUUUUACAGUCGGCAAUUAAGUUGGAGUAUUCAAGGUUGGUUAAGUUGGCCCAAGAAGACACACCACCAGAAACAGAUUAUCGUUUACAUCAUGUUGUGGUCUACUUUAUCCAGAACCAGGCACCAAAGAAAAUCAUUGAGAAAACAUUGCUAGAACAAUUUGCAGAUAGAAAUUUGAGUUUUGAUGAAAGUUUUAUUGAGUGGCAUCAGGAUUAUAGGAAAUUCAGGGAAACAACUAUGUAUCUCAUAAUUGGGCUAGAAAAUUUUCAAAGAGAAAGAUACGGGUAUUGGGAGCUGUAUAUCAACCCUAGAAAAUUAAAUGAGCAAGCUGCAGAACUGUUUGAAUCUGGAGAAGAUCGAGAAGUAAACAAUGGUCUGAUUAUCAUGAAUGAUUUUAUUGUCCCAUUUUUGCCCUUAUUACUGGUGGAUGAAAUGGAAGAGAAAGAUAUACUAGCUGUGGAAGAUAUGAGAAAUCGAUGGUGUUCCUACCUUGGUCAAGAAAUGGAAUCAAACCUCCAAGAAAAGCUGACAGAUUUUCUGCCAAAACUGCUUGAUUGUUCUAUGGAGAUUAAAGGUUUCCACGAGCCACCGAAGUUACCUUCGUAUUCCACGCAUGAACUCUGUGAGCGAUUUGCUCGAAUCAUGUUGUCCCUCAGUCGAACUCCUGCUGAUGGAAGAUAAACUGCACACACUUUCCCUAAAUAUACUGUAUAAACUCUUUUUAGUUCUUAACCCUUGCCUUCCUGUCACAGGGUUUGCUUGUUGCUGCUAUAGUUUUUAACUUUUUUUAUUUUAAUAACUGCAAAAGACAAAAUGACUAUACAGACUUAAGUCAGACUGCAAACAAUAAAGCUGAGAAUCGCAUGGCACUCAGACUUUGUUUUAACCAGAACUGUUGUAUAAUUACAAAUCUGAUUUUAUUAUGGCAAAACUAUGCUUUUGCCACUUUUCUGUUACAGUAUUACUUUGCCUUUAUCUUUUCUUUAUCAACAGCUUUCUAUUCAGUCUGGAUCCUUCCAUGACUACAGCCAUUUAAGUGUUCAGCACUGUGUAUGAUACAUAAUAUUUGGUAGCUUGUAAAUGAAAUUAAAGAAUAAA